GCUCUGCAGGACUGAGCAGUGAGACCAGAGCUAAAACAAACAGCUGUGGCUGUAAGAGCCGGCCAGAGAGCGCGCGAGAGAGAAUCCCAUCACCGCUCCCCCAGCAGCCUCCCCCCACCUCCCUUGCACAGAGUCCUGCUGAGCCUUUGCUCCUCUGACCCCCUGGAAACCUCCUCUCCAGGCUCCCAGGCGCCACUGGGGCUUUCGGGAUGAGGCGGAUCAGGGCUAAUGCCAUUGCGAUCCUGACGGUCGCCUGGAUCCUGGGCACUUUCUAUUACUUAUGGCAGGACAACAAGCCUCAUUCAGCAGCAUCCAGCAGAUCCCCCGGCAGCGGCAGGAGCGGGCAGAGAUCAGCUGUGCGGCUGGAGAGCCGCAGGGAAGAUGGGACCAUCCCCCUCAUUGUGACCAGAGCCCCCCAAGCAGAGAAGAGCAGCCUGAGGGGCUUUGAUGAAAAGGCUUACCUGUCCUCUAAGCUGCUGAAGGCUGGCGAAGACCCAUACCGACAACAUGCUUUCAACCAGCUGGAGAGUGAAAAACUCAGCAGUGACCGGCCUAUUCGGGACACUAGGCAUUACAGAUGUGCCUCUGUGCACUAUGAUGCAGACCUGCCAGCAACCAGCAUCAUCAUCACCUUUCACAAUGAAGCUCGUUCCACCCUGCUCCGCACAGUAAAGAGUGUUAUGAACCGCACCCCUGCCAAUCUUAUUCAGGAGAUCAUUUUAGUGGAUGACUUCAGCUCAGAUCCUGAGGACUGCCAGCUCCUUACCAAGAUCCCAAAGGUCAAAUGUCUACGCAACAGCCGGCGAGAAGGGCUGAUCCGCUCCCGAGUGCGAGGGGCCGAGGUGGCCACGGCUGAGAUUCUCACCUUCCUGGACAGUCACUGUGAGGUGAACAGCGAGUGGCUGCAGCCGAUGCUUCAGAGAGUGAAAGAGGAUUAUACCCGAGUGGUGAGUCCAAUCAUCGAUGUGAUCAGCCUGGAUAAUUUUGCCUACCUGGCAGCAUCAGCAGAUCUGAGGGGAGGGUUUGACUGGAGCCUUCACUUUAAGUGGGAGCAAAUCCCUAUAGAGCAGAAGAUGUCCAGAACGGAUCCAACCCAGUCCAUAAGAACACCUGUUAUAGCAGGAGGCAUCUUUGUGAUCAAUAAGUCCUGGUUUAAUCAUCUGGGAAGAUAUGACACUCAGAUGGAUAUCUGGGGAGGAGAGAACUUUGAGCUCUCCUUCCGAGUGUGGAUGUGCGGUGGCAGCUUGGAGAUUGUUCCCUGCAGUCGAGUUGGCCAUGUGUUCAGGAAACGCCACCCCUAUGACUUUCCAGAGGGCAAUGCACUGACCUAUAUCAAGAACACCAAGCGCACAGCAGAGGUGUGGAUGGAUGGGUACAAGCAGUACUACUACGAGGCCCGACCGUCUGCCAUCGGGAAGUCAUUUGGAAGCGUCGCAGACCGCGUGGAGCAACGCAGGAAAUUAAACUGUAAAUCAUUCCAGUGGUACCUGGAGAAUGUCUACCCAGAGCUCAAGGUUCCUGAAAAGGAGUUUGUUCCCGGGAUUAUCAGACAAGGAGGACAGUGCCUGGAGUCAUGGGGCCAGGACACCACAGGGAACUCUGUGGCAGGUUUAGGAGGCUGCAAAGGGACAGUGAGCAAUCCCCCUAUCAGCCAGGAGUGGGUCUUCAGUGACCCUUUAAUUAGACAGCAAGACAAGUGUCUCUCCAUCACCUCCUUCUCCACUGGGUCUCAGAUCACGCUGGAAGCAUGCAAUCAGAAAGACGGAAGACAGAAAUGGAAGAUGAAAGGCAGCUUCAUUCAGCACUUUGUCAGCGGCCUCUGCCUGGAAAACCAGUCCAGCAGGGUGGUGACCAACCCAUGCCAAUCAGAUAUACCCGGCCAACAGUGGGAGCUGCUACAAGUCACAUGAUGGUAGCCUGGAAACCUCUCUGUUUCUUUCUGCAUGAGACUUUGGGAAUGGAAGGGGUUAGGGUGGGGAGUAAAGGUUUAUCAUUUCUAACCCUAAUGUUUUGAUUGUGAUCAUCAGCAAGUCACCAUUUCAGCUGAAAAUUCACUGCUUUUGAAUGUUUAAGGAGGAAGUUAGGGAAAGGGGGGGGAUAAGAAGUGGCACUGAAAUUGGCCCAUCCACUGUCUCCAGUUCUCCGCUGUAACUGACAUCCUUGGACAACAACAGUCCAAGGCAGGAGAAGGCACAACCCAGCAGCGGAAUAGCGCUCGGCACAACAAGUACUGACCGACAGCUCUCUCCUUCCUUUGCAUUGAAAUGUGUGAUUCUUCAGUCCUGUGGAUUCCAUGUAACCAGUGGCCUUGACAAUGCUUCUACAAACUCUUGGUGGCUCCGGGGACUCCACUGGCUUGUCUCCGUAACAGCUUGUGGUGGUUUUUGUGUGUUGCCUCAAACUGCUGCAAUGAGGUUGCUUUGGGGGAAAUUCAACAUGACUCAUGCAUGGGUUGGGGGGAUGGGCAGCGGAUCUUUGGAAGCAAGGACCAUGUUGUGACUGUGGGAGCAGCAAUCUUGGAUGGUCGGUAGGCGCUGCCAUUGUACGCAUGAUUUGUAAUACGGAUGGAGAGUGGGCAGAGGAGGGGGAAGAGGGAAGGUUUGUAUUUGGGCAAUACUCCACGGGAUUGUGUCAGUGCUAUUCCUCCCAGAGAUACUUUGUUCAGCUUCCCAUUGCCUAUUUCAAAUAGCCAGCAUGGCCAGGAAGGCUUCUGUGGCAAGAUCUCACUGCAGUAGCUACUCCAAAGCCAACCCUUGUUAGUCAGGUUGGUGUGCUUCAUAAGACUGGGAGACCCCCUGAGCUUCCCUAUUUUUCCCAUCCUGCAGGAUUCCUUACUAGCGGUGUAUUCACGCCCCCGAGCCACAUAAGUUAAGCUGCCAUAAGUGUUAGUGUAUACAUAGCCCUAAAUGUGAGAGAGGACAGAAAUGCUGUCUUCCUUGCUGUUCUUUUAAGAAUUUGUCUGGUAACUCCAUUGGGGGCUAACACCAGCUCUAACUCCACCUCUGCAAACAAAACAAUUACAUUGGGUUCCUUUGUGAUGAGACCCUGAGAAGAAAUGUAACUACUGACUGCGGGUACUGAGCCCUGUAUGUACGUAGUCCCCACAUUCUGAAUCAUCCAAGAUGGCUGUUUGACUAAAGGUUGGUUCUGGUGCAAGAGCUCCAUUUACCAAUGAAUAUUCCAUGCAAAAAUCAAUCUGAGGAAAUUUCCUCACUGCCUGCUCUGGGUGUCAGGCCAAGGAAUUAGCUGCAGCAGUGCAUGCUAACAAAAGGCUGAUUCCAAAACAUAGCCCCCCUAACACCAGUUUUAAUUAUUUACAUUAGAACUAAUCAAUAGUUUGCAGAGCUCUUGUUUCAUGUUUGUCAUUCUGGAUAAGGGACCAGCACAGAUUGCUGCUUCUUGAAAUUUCAAACAAACCACUUGACUUCCCAAAACAGUUGAGGACUCCUCUAAAUCUGUCAUAAAUGUGCUCUCCAUAGAUCAGUGGUCCCCAACGUGGUGCCCGUGGGUGCCAUGGCUCCCGCCGGGCCAUUUCUGUGUGCCCGCUGAGUGAUCGGGCUGGCCCUGCCCCCAUCCCUAGGCACGUGGGAGCUGCUGGCUCCUGGGUGUGCGGCGUAUGGGCAUUCCCGCCCCUAGGCACACGGCACAGGAGCGGCACUGGCCCCAGGCACGCGGUGCAUGGGCGCUGCCGGCUCCUGGAUGCGUGGCACAAGAGUGGCGCCGGCCCCGGGCAUGCAGCGCAUGGGCCGUUCCGGCCUCAGGCGCGUGGCAUAUGGGUGGCCCUGUCCCUGGGCGUGCGGCCCAGGACCGGCGCCGGCCCCGGGAGUGCAGCGCAUAGGUGGUGCUGGAACUGGGCACAUGGGUGGUCCCACCCCUGGGCACAUGCGCAGCCCAUCCCCCGGGCGCCCAGCGCAUGAGUGGCCCCGCCCCCAGGUGCCCGGCAGCCCCAAAAGGUUGGGGACCACUGCCAUAGAUCAUAUGUGAGGGACGUGAUCCACAGUCCAAUUCCAUUAGCCUCAUAUCUUGAAGCUCUCUCAAAGUUCUCACUGAAGCCAGUGGGAGCUUUGGCUGGUGGAAACUGAGCAAAGACCUCACAGUUUGGGCCCCACUCAAUAAAAACCAUCAGCAGACGUAGUGACUGGUUGUUUUGCCUGUUGACUUUGAUCAGGCAUUUAGACUAGGAGGAAAAGCUUUCAGAUUAAUAGAAGAGGACAUCCAUAAGAAAGCUCAUUAAAUCUGAUCAUUCAGUGUGAUUUUAUGUGCAGGUUGGGAAGUGAUUAGGGUUUAUUUAUCAGGAGCUGAAACUAUAGCUGUGCAGAUAUCAAAGGGUUUUUUUCUUUCACUUGAUUAAAAGGUUUUCUUUGCCAAAUGUAAUUAAUGUGAAGCACAGGUUUAUUUUUUCUUUUCUUAACCAAAGCAUGUGCCAGAACCUGUAUAUUUAAAUGCCUGGAAUAAAAUCCACUUUGAACCAAGA